ACAUUCCUAAUAAAUAUUAAAUAAUGUAAAAUCUAUAUUUUAAACAUCUCCCUCGGAUCUUAUAGUUGUUUUGUAUCGCUCAUCUGUGAGACUGCAGAGUCAAUCGGAGUCACUCAGCAGAAGCUGAUAAGAGCAUAAAUGCCAGCGGUUACGUGGACGUUGGACACAUCUGCCUGGCAGCGCGCGAUGUCUAAAACGGAGCUCUGCGACGUGCCAUGCCGGGACGCCCCGGAUCCCGAGGAGCGGCCGCGAAACGAGCCUCGGAGGGCCGCCGCCGCCUUCGAGAGCUACUUGCAGCCCUGCUUGGCAGAGCUGCUGGGCUCAGCCCUCUUCAUUUUCGUGGGCUGCUGCUCGGUGGUGCAGAACUCGGCGACCACGGGGCUGCUGCAGCCCGCCUUGGCGCACGGGCUGGCACUCGUCGUCGUGAUUGCGGUCCUGGGGGAAAUCAGUGGCGGCCACUUCAACCCGGCUGUGUCCCUGUGCGUGUACUUCGUCGGGGGGCUACGGCUCGUGCUGCUCCUGCCCUACGUUGUUUCCCAGCUGCUUGGUGGGAUGAUCGGGGCGGCCUUGGCUCUGGCCAUCACCACUCCUCAGUCCUAUGCCAGUUCCUCAGGAGGGGCCUUCAAUGUGGUUCAGAACGACUCCCAGGUGGGCCAGGCCACCGUGGCUGAGAUCGUCAUGACCGCGUUCCUGACCAUGACUGUGUGCAUGGGUGCAGUCAACGGCAAGUCACGCAGCAGCCUGGCGCCGCUCUGCAUCGGCCUGACGGUGGCGGCCGACAUCCUCGCUGGGGGGCCUGUGUCUGGUGCAUGCAUGAAUCCAGCGCGUGCGUUUGGCCCCGCUCUGGUGGCGAACUGCUGGGCCUACCACUGGAUCUACUGGGUGGGGCCUUUGGGCGGGGCUGUUUUCACGGCCUGUGUUGUUAGACUGCUGAUGGGAGAUCGGAGUUUGCGGCUUAUUCUGAAGUGACAGAAACACCUCACAGGAGCUCCUCAGAAACCUAUGGACCUGAUUUCCUGAACUAAAAGGCAGCUUUAUUCCUCUCCAUUAAGAUUCAAAACACUGCAGACACUUGAUAACAAUUAAAAUAUAAUUGGCUGUGAUUGAACAUGGUGGAGUUGGCUUUGACUGACACCACAAUCACACCAGGGCCGGGACACCAUCUUCCCGACCGUAUUAAAUUGAAUUGCAUUGAAUUGAAUUCAGAAAACCUCUUGGCAUUGUGAUUGAUCCCAUGAUCCAUGCGGAGAUUGACUGGAAGCACUGCUGCACAUGUGUGUAUGAUUCAAGCCACUGGGUCAGGAAUCAAGUUCAGACCUCACCCAACGGGGGGGGGCACACGCUUAACCCAUGAGCAAGUAUGUGGGCAAAUCAUCAACUGUAAAUGUAUCAAAUAAAUUUUUAUAUAUCUUUACUAA